AACCCUCCUACAGUUCCCCUUCCUUCAGCCCCAGGCAUCUCUAUUUCCAGAGCACAAUUACAAGCUGCCAUUCCCUGCAGCAGGGAAACAGUUGCGGAACCCCAGCAGGGCACUGACAAGAACAACACAUUUUCUGCACAUCAAACUUCCUUCCCCCUAUUGUUUGGACAAAGUGUGUGAUAAGUCGGAGGUUUCGCUUCCAUGUGAGCCAUUCUGUACAUGAAAUCCCAUCUGUGCACAUUAUGGAUAUUCCCUGCCUCUGGAUUUUUGCUGCCUUCUGCGUACUAAGCGUCUAUCAAGUAAACACAUCCCUUCUGGCUCCAGUCUUAAAAUUGGAGGAAAAGAUAUUAGAUGGUGAAAGCACGGAGAUCACCUGCUCGCUGCCCACCAAUGAAACGCUGGAUGUGGUGCUACAGAUUGUUGCAAAAGUGAAUUUCUCAGAGUGUAGAAACGACAAGGGACCCCCUCCAGUAACAACAUGCCAGUUGGAUGCCACAAGUCAAAUGCACGGCACGGAGGUUACAUGUGAGGCUCAUUUUGUAGCCAAGAGUAAGACGGAAAUAAUCUACGUCCAUACUGACCCCAAGUUCACAGACUGCCCAGAGAAGGUUACCUGGGUGGAGGGACACGAGGAGACUUUAAAGUGCAAAGCUGAGGGAUACACACCCCCUGUAGUACAUUGCUAUUUCAACAAAAUAAAGGUGAAAGAAGGAGAGAAAUUCAAUGUAUCCAGGAGCAUGGCCGGCAGGCAGGAAUGCAAGGCAGUUAAUAGUUUUGAUAUGACAUCAACGAAAGUGACAGUGACAGUGGAAUACAAACCUAAAAUAUUAAACCUGGGUGCCGUGCCCCUCCCCCCUGUGCCUGAAGGGGAAAACGUCACUCUUACCUGUGAGGCAGAGGGUAUUCCCCCUCCCACUUACACAUGGGAAGGUCCAAGUGCAGAAAUCCAGACCUCUCCUGACAACCGAACCAUCACAAUCCCGGGGGUGAAGCAGGGAAACUACGGAACAUACGUCUGCAGAGCUCAGAACAAACACGGGGAGGAUACACAGACCCUGACUAUCUACCAACCAGUCAAACCGAGAAUAUACAAGUUUGAAGUUGUACCUCCGCUGCCUUUGUCUAAGGGGGACAAUGUGACUGUGACUUGCGAGGCAGAUGGCCUCCCCCUCCCCACCUAUACCUGGGAAACCCCAGUGUCUGAGACAACCAUCUCUCCUGAUAAGCGUAUUAUCAGCAUACAGGGCAUAAUGCCAGCUCACCAGGGGAAUUACACCUGCAUCGCUCAGAACACAUACGGGGUAGACGUCCAGAGAAUGGUGAUCACUAUAUCAGGAUCCAACAGAGGAUUCAAGCCAGAGACACUCUUUGCCAAGGUGCUUUUAAUGCUGAUUCCAGCCAGUUUGAUGUAUUGUGUGCAUUAAAGGUUUUAUGGAUAAAGUCA